AUGAUUUUCUUACUCUUCUUUUGUUUUACGUUGGAACACUAUCACUGUGCAUCCGAAAAGUUUUCAUUGAAAACUAAGCCUCGAAGUGUUCCGGAACUCAAUUCAAACAAAAGAAGACUUCAUUCCACGAAUCGUCAGCCGAUUCGAAUAACCUUCGAUUUUGACUUACUAAAUCCCUCGAACCCAGAUCCAUUGAGGUGUGAUGAAGUCGGUCAGAAUAUUACGUGGAGUGAAGAUCCUCAAUAUUCUUUGCAAUGUACAAAGGAAAUGAUAUUAAAUGCAGCUGGAAGAGAUGUAAUUACGAACACAUUAAACAACGUUAAAACAUAUUUAGAGAAAUUUCUAUCCGUUGAACGCUUAGAACAAAAUAUUGAAAGUACAAAUCUCAAAAAUUUUUAUACAAUGCCAUCCAAAACAUAUACAAACACAGACUUAGUUAUACACGUUGUUUCAAGGCCUUUUGCCGAUGCUUAUUAUUCGAUUUCGACAAUUGUAUCUUCUCUCGAAACUACGAAACGGCCAAUAGAGGCUGUUAUAUGCAUUAAUCCUACACUUAUUUCUUCUAAAGCAGAAAACGAAACAAUGCGUACAAGUAAUUAUUUCUUUGCUUGUUUGCACGAAAUCACACAUUGCUUAGGUUUUAUAUCUACAUUUUACGAGUACUAUCACCCGAGAGACUCCAAUACUCCAUAUGCAGCUCCUCUUUGUAAUUUAACUUUAUAUGGCAUCAAACGAACGUAUUUGGUCACUCCAAAGGCACAUACUUAUGCUAAACGUCAUUACAAUGCUGGUACGAUCAUAGGCGAUGACGGAACUGUUUGUCCAAGCGGAAUCGAAUUAGAAAAUUCAGGAACAGAAGCACAGCAGCUCUCACAUCUUGAAGCACGUAUGUUUUAUUCAGAUUACAUGCUCGCAGUUCUCAUCCAAACAGAUACAGAACCAUUCCAUCGUUUUACAGAUGCAACAUUAGCAGUUUUACUUGAUACAGGCAACUACGAUCUCGACUAUCAUUACAUGCGACCAUUAGUUUGGGGUAACAAAGAUGGUUUCCCUCCUGGUUCAACUGAAGUUGAUAAUUUCCAUAUUUUACCACCACAAGAAGUAUUUCCAGAAGGAUACAUCGUUGUAGAUCCAACAACUAACUACGAUGUAUGUAAUUUUGAUUUCAAAUCCUAUGGAAAUAACAUUAUGUCAACGAAAUCACCAGAUUGCAGUAAAACUACAUCAGAAUACUGUUCUGGCAAAUCAUUCUAUAAUCCAAAGAACAGAUCACAAAUUGCAGAUGAUUCUAUCUUUGAUUUCCAACUUAUCAAGUAUCCACACACAUGUUUUGAUGGAUAUGCGACAAUUCCAGGUAAUUUAGAGUGUUUGAAGUAUGUUCUUACAGAUUCUUUUGUCACAUUCACUCUUCCGAAAGAUUUCAGAUAUCCUUUACAAAAUAUAACGUGUGAUUCUAGUUCAUCACAUGAAUUCAAGGAAUAUAAUUACAUAAAUAACGCAGGUGUUAAGAAAUACACUAAAUACAAGUGUCCAGACUUCGAAAGAUUCAGAAGAACUAUCAAUUUAUUUAAUUCAUAUUUUGAUUCAGAUCCAUUUGAUUUAAACACAAGACAACAAUACAGAAUUGUUCCUGAUGAAGCAGAUGUUGCAGAAGAAUCACCACGUGAAUCUCUUCCGACUAAUUAUAUCCCUAUCACACCAACAGAAAGUAGUUUUGUCAAUACAUCUGAUUUCAGUUAUUUAGGAACUAAACUAACAAAAUCAACAUUUUAUGGUGUUUCAAUCACAGCUGUUUUAGUUGUUGUUGUUUGUAUGUUACUUUGUUUCAUUGGAAGAAAUGCAUUCAAGACAAGAGUUGAAGACAUGGAUGCAGAAGAAUCGGAAGAUGGUGAACACAAGAAGAAGAGAAAGAAGAGAACAAAGAAACACCACAAGAAUAAUGAUGAAAAAGAAAUUGACCUCAAAUCAGAUGAUUUCAAAUCAGAUCAUGAAGUAAAAACUGUUCCUUCUGAUGAAAACAAAACUAAUAAUAACAAUAAUAAAUCAUCAGAUGAAAAUAAGCGGAAACACAGAAAACGAAGAAGGAAAGAAUAA